AAACAGAUCUGAUGUGCGUGGGGAAAGCCUCUGCUCUCCUCACGAAGAGCAGGGGAAAGGGGAAAAAAUCAGAUUGCAAAAAAGAGGAAAUUUUCAAGAAGAAGCGCUACAAGCCUGAACUAUACCUCAUCACCAAAGGCAAAGAAUAGGGCAAAAUUAAGCCUGGAGUACAAAGUAUUACAGAUCACUUAAACUAUGGAUGGGAAUAACUUUCAGGUACCAUAUACACAAUGAUGCGAAAACACACAAACAGACUUUGAUCUCACAACAGCAGAUGGGAUAAAGAAGUGGCAAGAAACACUACAACUCAUGUACCAGACUAACCAGAUGCAGGGUGGAGGUGGACAAAACACAUUUUCACAUUCUAUGUCGACAAAUCUAUUAGACAUCAGUUACAUUGAGCAGAAUAGUAUGUAUAUGACAACAAGUAGAGUUGAUGAUUAUCCAACAUCAAUGAGCUCACAUGGAACAUCAAGGAUCACCAAUUAUGAUGCAGAAAUGCUUACCGGAUCUGCUGCAGGCUCUUCAAAUACCUACAGAUACAAAAAGGGAGGCUUCACUGAACUUAUGCUAGAACAAAUCAGGAAUUCACAUGAAGAUGAUCAAUCUGACAGUAAUAGGCAGCAGCUUGAAAGGAUGCAAGGAACAUUAACCCAGAUGAUCAUUGGAAAUGACAUGAAUGAGAAUAUGAGCCUUGAGAAUCUAGAUGGAAUCUUUGGACCGCAAACUGACUGGUCAAUAUCAGAGUCAAGAACAUCAUAUGAGGUAGAUAUAAAGAUAAAGCAAUGGUUGAUUACAUUUAUAAGCAACACCAAAUGUAAUCAUUCGUGGUGCUCUCAAAUCCUUCCUCUCUGCUCCUUGAACCUGAUGAGAUGGUACUUUGCCUGAAAAUGACAAAGAAAAAAAUUUCACAAAUAACAAAGCACAAUAAACAGAUUUGAAGAUGUUUUAGCACAAAUCACAAGAAACAAUUUUUUUCUAUGAAAGGACAAGGACAAAUACGAGGUGUUUCUUAACACAAAUCAAAAUAAACAUAUUUCAAGAUGGUGUAAACACAAAGCACAAUAAACAGAUUUGAAGAUGUUUUAGCACAAAUCACAAGAGACAAUUUUUUUCUAUGAAAGGACAAGGACAAAUAGGAGGUGUUUCUUAACACAAAUCAAAAUAAAUAGAUUUCAAGAUGGUGUAAACACAAAGCAAAAUUAACAGAAAUCAAAAUGUGAGGUUUCUAUGUUUUCUUUCACUACCUAGUCCUUUGAAUCUUUCUAGAGUAGUGGAGUUAGUCUAAAAUCAGCAGUACACUGAACUGAGCAUGUACAAAGGCAAUAUACAACCCUAACACAUGCAGACAUGCUUAAAAAAUUAGAACUAAAAUAAAAAGGCACUUACAUACACCACCAUGGAUUUUAGUGCAGCAGCUUCCAUCAUCUGAUCCCAACCAUCAUCCUGAUGGUAAUGUAAAGAAGAAGAGGGACCUCCACAACCUCUCAAAAAGAGUUUUCCUAGUGCAAGCUUUUUGAACAUAUGUCUUUCCUGCUUAAUGAAAUGUAAAAAGGAAAACAAAAUAGUGGGAAAGUUACAUACAAAGACUGGAUAUUGCACAUGUUAAACACCAUAAUUGCUGUAAUUUAAGUGUGCAAUUUACUACUUAUAAAUGUGCAAUCAAGAAAUGGAUACUGCACACAUAUUUAUUGUACAGUAUAUGCAACACACAGUUAAAAUAUGUGAGCUCCUACUGUUCUACUACAACAGCAACAUGACAACCAUAUCCCACCAUGAGGUGGAAUUUCACUGACUUAUCUGCUGAUUCGAAAGUUAGAAAUAUUUCUUAUGACAGUUUUGUACAGUUGUACUCCCAAAAACCAAAUUACAGGACUACAGGUUAUGUUCAAAUGACUCACCCUAGAUUUUAAGGCAGUUGGACGAGUCUUUAGCGUUCCAGCUUGGCUCACUGGGGACCUUUUUGACUCAACUUCUAGAGAUGGGAAUAGGGGAGUUCCUGGUGGCGUGAGAAGCCUGAAAGUAAACAACUUCAUUGUGAGAACAGUUACAUGAUAACUUCAAAACUGCAGUCCACAAGUGACCUCCAAUGAAAUCUUAAGGAAUGAUGAGACAUUGUUUCUAGUAAGAUACCCUUAUAACAUGUGCCUGUGCACGGAUUUUUCUCCUGAUUUCCUCCUUUUGUUCCUCCUUUUUCAAAUCGAGAGUGUACCUAAAGCGCCUUGAUGCAUUCAGCACAAGGGCUGCUUGCUGCAAUAACAAAAGGUAUCAGAAAACAAACAUAUCAAAAGAACGAUAUCGAGCUAAUCACUCUAGCAGAAAAAAAAAGUCUAGAUAUUUUAGGAAAGAAAAACUCAAGUAAACAACACUACAGUACCCCCACCAUCUUAGACAACUGUUUAGACAUGUCUGCAUGUGUGACAAUCCAUACAAUGUCGUCUUACAGUUUGACACACAUCAUCAUAUCUCAUAGACUACUGUAGCAAGCCAUAUAGAAAGUUUGCACUACUAUUACAGUCUGCAGCUUGGAAAGGUACAACUAGCAGUGCCAAGUUAACGAUAAGAGAGCAUCCUGUAUAGUGAACUAUUAAAGCAUGAAGAUUUUAAAGUAUGAGCAGUGAAAUAUAUAGCAAGAGACAGAAAGGACUUAAGUACUUGGUCUGGUUGUUGUAUAUUCUCUCUACAGAUUUAUGUGUAUUUUUAAAAUAAAUAAAAUCCUACAGUGGGGGCUUCCCCUGCUGUAUUUUCCGUUCAAAAAAUUGCUCAAAAGUUGUAGGAAAGCUAUUACUGUUGUCAAUUCCUGCAGGCUGUUUGCAAUGUCCAACCAUGACAAGAAUAUGUCCAUAUGAACAUCAGUAUAUUUGGCUUUCAAAAAAAGGUAAAUUGACUAUUGACCCUAGUUGGCAGCAGUUUUUUUGCAUAAACUGAUUAGCUAGCUCUGCCUAUAUUUCAAACAUGUUACGCAAUUUCUUACAGUUAUUUAGUAAAAAAAAGCAUGAACAAGAUGCAAUUUGGUUCCAGGUUUUAUGGGAAGGCCGUAUCAGAAUAUCCUCAACAAUUGAGAGUUACAGAAUAACUGCACAAUGUAAAUACAAUGAGUUGUGUGAUCAAAUGUCUUUCUCCUUUUGCUA